UGUAAACAUGGCGGUGUCAUUUCAGGUCAAAGCCUUGUAUGACUUUGAGGCGCAACCCGCUUCAGGAGAAUUGAGCAUUUCUGCUAAUGAAGUUUUGACAGUGACUAACCAAGAUGUCGGAGAAGGCUGGUGGGAAGGAGUCAACAGUCGAGGAGAAAGAGGUCUCUUCCCUGCAGGAUAUGUGGAGGUAAUGAAUAGUCCUCCUCCUCCUUCAAUGCCUCCCCCUCCUCCCCCCUCAGAUACGUUGACACCGUAUAGUGAUGCUGUCCUUCCUGGGGCAGAUCAAGUAGAUGAUUGGGAUGAUGACUGGGAUGAUGAUGAUUCCACAUAUAGUCAGGAUCACCAGUCAAGUGCUCAUAAUCAAGUUACGAAUGUCAGCUCCACGUCCUCCAGAGAAACAAAAGACUUGAGCAGGGCAAUGGAUCCCAAAGAAAAGACUCUCAAGAAAAGCUUUAAUAGAUUUUCAACUUUUGUGAAAUCAGGGGGUGAGGAUUAUAUUCUGGGUAAUACAAAAAUCACAGUGCCGAAAGAACAGUGUGUCACCAUUAUCGAGGAAGACGGUGAAAUCCAGUGGCUGGACAGUGUCUCCCCUUACACAUGCUCCAUUCGGUCUCCUCAGAAGACGAGUAAGCUGAAAGGAUUUAAGAGCUUCAUUGCCUACACACUCAUUCCAUCAUUUAAUAACAUUGCUGUGCGGCGGAGGUACAAACAUUUUGACUGGCUUCAUGAAAGGCUAGAAGAAAAGUUUUCUCUCAUACCUAUUCCUCCUCUACCAGACAAACAGAUUUCAGGGCGUUACCAACAAGACUUCAUUGACCACCGCAUGAACCAGCUGCAAAUGUGGGUGAAUCGGAUUUGCCGGCACCCGGUCCUCUCCCAGAGUGAAGUUUGGAUGCACUUCCUCACUUGUACAGAUGAGAAAAGGUGGAAGACGGGAAAGAGAAAUGCUGAGAAAGAAAAGCUGAUUGGUGGUUCCUUUUUUCAUGUGAUAUCAACCCCUGCAAAUCCUCUGGAAAAUCCAGUAGUCGAGAAGCAGAUGGACCACUUCAACCGGUUUGUGGUGAAGAUGGACGACAGCGUGCGUCAACUCUUCGGCGUUGCCGUGGACCAGCACAAGAGGUACUCGGGCCCAGUUCGGAAGGAGAUCCAACGCAUGUCGGACGCCUUCCGGGACCUGGGUGUGGCUUUCGCCAUGGACCCCUCCCCUGUGGCUGAGCCACUCACGGUUGCCAUCAAGCACACCGCGGAAGUCUACGAGGACCUGGGGAAAAUGUAUGAGGAUCAGCCAAAAUAUGACGUGGAGCCAAUGGCGGAUGUCCUCCACGAAUACAAGGGAAUGCUUGCCGCCUGGCCAGAUGUACUUCAAAUACAAAAGAGUGCCCAGAACAAGAUGGCGGAGAGCCGGCGCCUGUGUGAGGAGGGGCGCCUGAGCCAGGAGAACAUGUCUGCCAUCGCCCAGCGUACAGACGUCAUCUCCUAUGCCACCCUGGCCGAGAUACGCCACUUCCAGAGGGAGAGGGUGGCCUAUUUCAAGAGCAUGAUGGAGACCUUCCUCUCUGCACAGAUCAACUUCUACCAGCAAAUUACCCAAAAAUUGCAAGAUACUUUGCAAAUGUAUCAGGAUUCCUAGGCUUAUGUGAAGCGGCACCUGCUGGAAUACUCUUGCGACAUGACAAUCUAGCCUGCAAAUCUGAGUUUUGCAUCCAUUAUUGAUCGGUAACAAAAUACAUAACAGCUGCAGCUUCUGUGAAGGAUCCACAUAAUGAGCUUACGAGUGCCUUCCAAAUCGUGCCGAGAAACCAGUAAUAAGUUUGGCAGAAGUGUUCAGAGUACUGUUUUUUAUAUGUAGAUUCGUUUAAAAUUCAUUAUGUUCUCAACAGUUUGCUUUAGCUUUAAUAUUUAUCUGAGGACCUACUACAAAUCGAAAUCAUAUGGCUUAGAAAUUUAAGUUAUUAAAGCAAUUUAUGUUUGUAUAUUUAUUGUUUUAAAUGUUGAGCUGAGAACUUG